AGCAAGGUUGGCUCCUAUGAUGUUGCCUUCCGUGCAUGGAAGGAGAAAUAACCAAGUUGACAACUGAAGCUUGUCUCAGAAAAUAGAGCCGCGUCGUCUUCCUUCAUCUCCAUGCUGGCAGAAUAAACCUUUUUUGUUCAGCAGCCGUGCUUUUCUUCGUUGUUGCUUAGUGCCUUUCACUGCUUUGUUUUUGUGUGCAUGCGGACCCAGCGAGGUUGACAAGGGGUGGCAAUCCUGCUCAGAGAGAGCUGGUAUAGCACCCGGACAGGAAAAUUGUAAGACUUUGGUGGAGUGCAAUGGUGGACAGCAUGGUGGACACUGGUGUCAAGAUUGGUGGAUGCAUCAGAGGGAUUGAAGGUAGCCUGAGCGGCACUUUGCGUUGUGUGUUGUCUCGGUGCUGGAGCUGGGAGAGUCUCCACUCCACCACAGUGAUUCUUCCGGAUGGGCUCUCAAAGAAACUGGGCUCUGGACAAGAUCUGGGCAGUGAAGAAGAUUUGUUGUAUGAAGAAUUCUGCAGUUCUGUUCACUGUUUUGGACAUCCAGGAGGAGGUGGAGGAGAACAGCUGGCUAUCAAUGAGCUUAUCAGUGACGGAAAUGUUGUGUAUGCUGAGGCGCUCUGGGAUCACGUCACCAUGGACGACCAAGAGCUCGCUUUCAAGGCUGCUGACGUCAUCCAAGUGGUCGAUGCCACCAACAAGGAGUGGUGGUGGGGUCGCAACGUGGACAGAGAAGGAUGGUUUCCUUCCAGCUUUGUUCGGUUGCGUGUGAACCAAGAUGAACCCUCAGAGGACUUUCCAACCCACCUGGAAGGUGACCAGUCUGCAGGACAACAACAACAACCGGGUUUUGGAUUGAUUUUGGGACCUGGAUUACCCAGCAAGGAGCAGAUGAGGGCUAACGUCAUCAAUGAGAUUAUGUGCACAGAGAGGGACUACAUCAAGCACUUGGAAGACAUCUGUGAGGGUUACAUCAGACAAUGCCGCAAGAGGACCGACAUGUUCACAGAAGAGCAGCUUCAAACCAUCUUUGGGAAUGUUGAAGAGGUCUACAAGUUCCAGAAAACAUUUCUAACUAUCCUCGAGAAGAAGUUGAACAAGGAACAGCCACAUUUGAGUGAACUUGGCUGCUGCUUCCUUGAACAUAAAACCCACUUCCAGAUUUACUCGGAGUACUGCAACAAUCAUCCCAACGCCUGCAUUCAGCUCUCUCUGCUCUUGAAGGCCAACAAGUAUGUGUUCUUCUUUGAGGCCUGUCGACUUCUCCAGAAGAUGAUUGACAUUUCUUUGGAUGGAUUUUUGCUGACACCUGUUCAGAAAAUCUGCAAGUAUCCUCUGCAGCUGGCUGAGCUGCUCAAAUAUACCAACCCGCAGCACAGGGAGUAUAAAGAUGUGGAGGCCGCCCUAAAUGCCAUGAAGAAUGUGGCGAGUCUCAUCAAUGAGAGGAAACGGCGCCUUGAGAACAUUGAGAAGAUUGCCCAAUGGCAGAGCUCCAUAGAGGGUUGGCGGGGUGCAGAUGUUCUAAGCAGGAGCUCUGAUCUCAUCUUCUCUGGAGAGUUGACUAAACUGUCUCAUCCUCAUGGCAGGAGCCAACAAAGGAUUUUUUUCCUCUUUGACCAUCAGAUGGUGUAUUGCAAAAAGGACCUCCUGCGCAGGGACAUGUUAUAUUACAAAGGUCGGAUGGACAUGGACCACAUGGAGGUCAUAGAUGUGGCGGAUGGAAAAGAGAAGAACUUCAGCAUCAACGUCAGGAACACCUUGAAGUUGCGCUCACUGGCCGGCGAUGAGGUUCAUCUCCUGACGGCCAAGAAAGCCGAACAGAAACAACGCUGGCUCCGAGCUUUUGCAGAUGAGAGGAGGCAGGUCCAGUCUGACCGAGAGACAGGUUUCUCCCUCACUGAGGUCCAAAAAAACCAGGCCAUUCUGAAAGCCUGCCCAUCCGGGAAACCCAAAGUGGUGAGCAGACCUUGCUACGACUUCCUGCUGCGACAGAAACAUCCCGUGGCGACGUCUUUAGCUCCACAGCACGUGUUCAUGUUGGCUGAGCCCAAACGCAAAGCUUCAACCUUCUGGCACAACAUCGGCAGACUGACACCCUUCAAAAAGUAACACAAGCAAGCAAGCAAACUCCAAAUAUGUUUUUUUGGUUGUGAUGAAGGACUUUGGUUUUGUAAAUAACCUUUUAGGUAAAGAACCUGACCUAUAAAAUCUAAUGGAGGACCUGUUGAACAAGUGCAACUGUGCUAUUAGCGCAAAUAUUUUUUGACAGUGUGCUAUUAUUUAUUCUAUGUCAAUUUACAGAAAAGAGGACUUUUGUAAGCAGGAACAUCCUAAUAUAGUCUUGAAAUCGUUCUCUGCUCAAAAAAAAAGCUACUGACCUCAAAAUGUUAUGUUUGUAUUAUAAAGUAUAUGCACACACUAAAAAAUGUUGGGUU